CUUCACCCACUUGCCGUUAAAAAGUACGAGAACAAUUUCGAAUCUGCCAAUGACAUUGGGUGUAUUUAGAAGGUGUUUUACGUACAGGAGGUUGAAACCCGGUGGUGUUAAAUUUGUACCAUUUGCUACCGCAGUUAUGGCGUUGAAAGUAAUUGAAGCUCCGACUGUUAGGUUCAACAACGGAAUUGAAUUUCCAAUAUUUGGUCUGGGAACAUGGAAGUCCAAACCUGGUGAAGUCACUCAAGCAGUAAAGGACGCCAUUGAUGUUGGGUACCGACACAUUGAUUGUGCACAUGUAUAUGGAAAUGAACCUGAAGUUGGGGCUGCAAUUAAGGCCAAGAUUGAAGAGAAAGUCGUGAAGCGUGAAGAUCUGUUCAUCACAAGCAAGCUGUGGAACACCUUCCAUCGAACAGACUUGGUUGCACCUGCCUUGAAGAAGACCCUGAGUGACUUGGGUUUGGAUUACCUAGACCUCUAUUUGAUUCAUUGGCCAAUGGCAUACCAGGAAGGCGGAGACCUCUUUCCAGAAAAGGAUGGCAAAACACUCUACAGUGAUGUGGACUAUGUUGACACAUGGAAGGAAAUGGAGAAGCUUGUAGAACAGGGUCUUACCAAGUCAAUUGGGGUGUCCAACUUUAAUUCGCAGCAGCUAGAACGAAUUCUGGCCAUUGCUAGCAUCAAGCCAGUCACCAACCAGGUUGAGUGUCACCCAUAUUUGAACCAAAAGAAGUUAAUAGAAUUCUGCAAAUCAAAAGGUGUAACAAUCACUGCAUACAGCCCACUGGGCUCUCCGGAUCGUCCAUGGGCAAAGCCUGAUGAUCCACAGCUUUUGGAUGAUCCAAAGCUGAAAGCAUUGGCUGAAAAAUAUCAAAAGACUCCUGCUCAGAUUGUUUUGAGGUACCAGGUGCAGCAGGGUAAUAUUACAAUCCCAAAGUCUGUGACAAAAUCACGUAUUGAACAGAAUGGUCAGAUCUUUGACUUUGAAUUGUCUCCAGAGGAUGUAGCCAUCAUCGAUUCCUUUGAUUGCAAUGGACGUGUCUGUCACUUGAACUGGAUUAAAGACCACAAGCACUAUCCAUUCAACAUUGAGUUUUAGGAAGUUGGGGCCAGAACUGAAGAAUUUUCUACAAUGUGAAGUUAUUUUCAAUUCAUGGAGUGGGUUAUCUAACAGGACUGGACAUACCAUCAUAUUUGUACCUUUGGGAACAGUGCUGUCAAUACAAACAUUAGGAAUACUCCAGUUCCUGUUGACAGCUUUGGUACCUGUCUGUUAUUCUUAACCAAGUUGACAUUCACAUUUAAAAAUUAAUGUUGGUUUGUCAUUACUUGUCUAAUAGAAUGUUAACUCUGCACAUUUUACUGUACUGACAGGCUUACUGUGGACAGAAAGGAAGGAGGGUUCGGUACAGUAAUGCUGUGCAUUCAUUUUGUACAUAUUUUUCGCUUAGUCUUUCUUCAGUCUGUCCUUCAUUGACUAUCUAGUUUUUGUAAGUAUUUCUUCCAUUAAAACUGUCUUUCAUUUUUAAGGGAUACAUUUAUUAUGGUAUGCCAUGACCUUUGCAGUCUAAGGUUUUGUGUAUGUAAACUUUGUGGUUGAAACCACUGCAUCACUGUAUGUAAAACUGUGAAAUAAAAUGACAUAAAAAAUG